ACCUUUCAUCUGUACGUCGAAGGUUACAAGUUUGGUGGACGGUGACCGUGAGCAGAGGAUGGCUUGGGUUAGGGCAGUGUGGCAAGAAAGGAAAAGGCAAGAAGAAGGGACGGUGCCAGACAGCUGGGUAGACAGAAAAAAAUGUUACUGUUCUGGCCAAAUAUUGCAAAUGCAACAUGACAUUUGAAGGAACGCUGCAAACCAUCUGAGGGUUGGAGAAAGUUUCCUCUUCUGAAAGAGAAGAUGAGAUCUGAUGACUUUAAAGAAUGUGACAACUGCGACUUCACAAGUAGUACAGAAGCUGAAGAAGGGGCACUGGAAGCAAAAAGAAGAAGGAAAAAUAAGACAUUUGAAGAUUGUGUGACAGAUGAUAGUGGUCACAGUGAGGUAGAAUUUGAUGAAGAAGACAUCCAAGGAAAUUGUCGACAUCUCAACAGUGAUGUUAGAGCUAGAACUUCCUGCUGCUCCGAGGAAGCUGGAACAUGUUCAAGAGCGAGAGUCUCCAGUAAGGUCCGAAUAUGCAAGCUCGCCAUCAUCAUCUACGUCAUCCAGGCGAUCAAGCUCUGGCUCUACAGUCAUUCCGCUCAUUCGGGGAAAGCAGAUCUCAAGAGCAAAAAAGGGUUUUUCAGCAAAUUCAGGAGCCCACAUCAGAAACGCAGACCAGACCACCAUCUCAUAGAAGCCUGUCGCACCAAGAAGAACAAUGUAGAAGAUCAAUAUCCCCUGUUAGGCAAUCUACUCAAGGGACCAGCUCCAGACAACAGACUCCAUCAACACAGGGAAAACGCUGCCCAUACCCAAUGCCAGAAGAAAGUAAGUAUAUAUUAUAUUAAAAAAUACAUAGUAUAAAUACAUAUAUAAAAGUAACAGCAGAACAGAACCAAAGGCUUUCUGUUAUCUGGCUUCACUAACCCUUACACCAGUAAUCAUGAUAAGUGGUCACACAAAGGUGGUGGUCAACUCUGUAGUCAAGCCAGGUUUGUCUAAUGUAGCAAUGAGCACAUGCACAUUAAAGAUGAGGUGUUUGCUUAUUUGACCAAUCUCAAACAAGUCUGCUGGCAGCAGAGCGGCUUAUUUUACUAAUGAAGAGCAAACUAUAAUAUCACAGAAAUAUGAAGAAUUUAAACACAUAAUCCAGGCAACACAGUUGCAGCUGCUAAAUACAGGAAGGACAGUUGGCAAAAAAACACAGACUGUGUGGUAAAUGGCUUGCAUUUAUAGAACACUUUUAUCCAAAACACUGUCCAAAGACAUGCAGGCUAGGUUAAUUGCUGACUCUAAAAUUGACCCUAGUUGUGAAUGUGAAUGGUUGUCACGUCAGCUGGGAUUGGCUCAAGCCGUGUAGCACAAGUUACCAUGAUGACAUACCCCUGUAAGAAAUGAACCUCCUUCGUAGGACUGAAAACCCAGGGUUAACCCUUAAGUUAAUCUUGCUAACCCCAAAUCCUGUGUAAUACAGGUCCCAGGUGAAGUAAAUAUUUUAUUUGAAUUGAAAAAAACUACACAUUACUGUAUGGUGUGCAAUAAAAAACAAGUAAAAGGCCAGUAAGAGUAUUUUAUCAAACUGAUGUGUAGAAAGCUAUAUUUUCAGCUAUUUUGCCUGCAGUCUCUUAUCCACUGCUGGUAUGUUUUACACAACCACAGUAACGUAACGUGAUGCAUUCUCAGUUGUUUUGCUACUCUACACAUCGUGAGAACGGUAGGUGACUGGUU